GCCUACUGCAUUGUCGGUUUCGGCAAACCACAAAAUCUACGUUUUGACCCUGGCGGGUCUUUUUCAAGAUCUUGAAAAAGACCCACCAGGGUCGAAAUGUCGAUUUUUGUCUCAGAUGUAAUUAUAUUCAAUUAAAUCGCAUUGUUUCCCUUCAAGUCCCAUGAGAUUAUAUUUUUGCAUAUAUAUAUUAUAUAUAUAUAUAUAUAUAUAUACACACACACACACACACAAAAUACAGAAUCCAGCGCACUCGCUUAUUCACUAAACAAUUAUUUAAAAUCUUAGAGAUUGUAAUAGUUUUCUUUAAAAAACAUGUCACCUAGGCAAAAAGUAAUGUGGGUUUAGUUACAUUAUAUGAUCAUAUAUUGCAUAAGCAUGCCACAUCAUCAAUGUACCCCAUUCUUGGCAGGUCCUAGACUAGCAGCCUAAUGCUUGCUCUUAUGAGAUUAAUCCACUUACUUGGGAAAUACUUCCUUACUGGGACUCCUGCAAGUCAAGGCUAAAUAGUCCUGGAAUGAGGCACCUCUGACAGGGAGGGGUGUAAAACCAAGGAGUUGCAAGAGGAGCAAAGCCAGUGAACCACUGAUGGACAGCUGUUUUGUUGUUAUUGCAACUCAUCAGCAUGAGGUUGGUUACCGGCUUGCUAUGGAGGCUUGACAUUACUUGUAAACUACAUACCAAAAGAGUUGUGAUGGGAAAAAAAGUGUGGAUGAAUACUCAAAGGAAUCCAUGUAUAAAGUGGAAUUAUGUAGCAAAAAUGUGGUUCUUUGUUGAGCUCAUUUGCAUACGCCUACCCAAAAUCCCUUGCACUAGUGAGAGCACUGUUAAAGUCAGAUUUCUGUGGGAAAAGCAAGUCUUAUGGCUUGACUGAUGGGUGUAUUUGUGUUUAGCAAUAUACUGUAUAUACUCGAGUAUAAGCCGACCCGAAUAUAAGCCGAGGCCCCUAAUUUUACCACAAAAAACUGGGACUCGAGUAUAUCGAGGAAAUGCAGCAGCUACUGGUAAAUUUCUAAAUAAAAUUAGAUCCCCAAACAAUUACAUAAAUUGAAUAAUUAUUUACAGUGUGUGUAUAUAAUGAAUGCAGAGUGUGUGUAUGUUUGUGUGAAUGUAGUGUGUGUGUAUAUAAUGCAGAGUGUGUAUUUGUAUGAAUGCAGUGUGUGUUUGACGCAGUGUGUGUGUGUGUUUGUGUGAAUGCAGUGUGUGUGUAUAUAAUGCAGAGUGUGUGUUUGUUUGAAUGCAGUGUGUGUGUAUAUAAUGCAAAGUUAUUUGAAAAAUUAUAUGUAGCGUAUAUUAAACUAGGCAUGUUUGAAAGUAUAUCAAACUCUCAUAGUGUUCCAAGCAGGUAGACAUCCCAAUCCUUUAUACAUGGAACAGAGUGGCUAACAUUAUAGGGCAGAGGGUUAACAAAAACACUGACAUAAUUGAAAUUAAAACUUUGAAUGCAUGAAGAAUGUCUGCUUGUUGAAGUACUUUGUAUGUACAGGGAGCUUCCUAUUUGUGUCAUUUUAUGAAAUUAACAAUUUGAAUGCAGUGUGUGUGUAUAUGAUGCAGAGUGUGUGUAUAUGAUGCAGAGUGUGCGUAUAUGAUGCAGAGUGUGCGUAUAUGAUGCAGAGUGUGUGUUUGUGUGAAUGCAGUGUGUGUGUUUAUGCAGUGUGUGUAAACUGGGUGAGGGAAGGGCAUUUUUAUUUUAAUAUUGUUAUUUUAUUAUUUUAAUUAUUUUAAUAUUUGUUUCUUUUUUUGUCCCCCCUCCCUGCUUGAUACCUGGCCAGAGAGGGGGGCUAUCUUAAUCCCUGGUGGUUGAGGGGAUGGGCUGUGCAGUGGGGGGGCUGGGAGCAAGCUUUUACCUGUGCAGCAGCUUACAGUGUAGAUCUCCUUGGCAACACUCUGACGGCCGCGGUUCUCAAGAUUUACACUGUGAGCUGAACUACACGGUGAGCAGACCACGAGAUAUACACUGUGAGCUGCUGCACAGGUAAGUAAGAGCUUGUAAUGAGCCCGGCGGUCCUGGUCUGUAUUAAUGUAAAUUGCCAUAAUACAGACAUUGACUCGAGUGUAAGCCGAGGGGGGCUUUUUCAGCACAAAAAAUGUGCCGAAAAACUUGGCUUAUACUCGAGUAUAUACGGUAUUAACUAUCCACUUACUUCAGGUGGAAGGAGUUUUCAGUCACACUUUUUUCCCACCACAACUCUGUUGAUAGAGAUAUAGAUAUAGAUAUAUAUCUGCAAAGUCAAGGUAGUGCCAGAAUUGCUGUUGUAUGGUACAAUAUCUGAACCCAGCGCAUAAGUCUCAUUCGAAUGCUUUAUAACAUGCUUGGGUGGGAUGUCAGGGAAGGCUAGAUAUUAUACAGCACUUUCUGAGAAAUAUAGUAAAAAUAAUGAAAAAUUAAUUGAAUUUUUAUUUGAAUAAUUUUUCCAUUUUAUAAAAAUGCUAAAGUUUAUUGUUCCUUAAACAAUACAUAUUUAGCUGCCAUAGUUCAACCCAUAGAUUUUAUGACUGCAAAAUAUUACAAUGGCUUCUAUCCAAUUUCCCAACAUUAGACACACUUAGUAAUAUAUUACAGUCACUUAAAUGAGAGUCUUCAACAAAACUGGUGGUAAAAGGUAAGAUAUAGAAAUAUUACAGGCGCAACACGCAUAAAACUAUUUAAAGAGUAUAUUUUGCAGACAUAAAAUUGUGAUACAGAAAAAAGCCUACAGCCAAUGCCAUAGAACAAUACACCAGUUACAGGAGUAAAUGCUGUCAUUUAUCAAGAUUAUACCCACAGAAAUGAAUUUUACACUUAUUGCGAUCUUCAGCAGUAGGACUCAAAGUGAUAAAUUGGCAUAAGGCCAAAACGGGGUGUAAAUUCAAAAAGGAAAUUCAAUAUUUAUAAAUAUUCAACUUAAAAAUUGUAAGUAACCUCAAAUUGCUGAGAAUAGUACUAUUUAUUUGCUCUUAAAAUGUAACCAAUGGUAAAUUUAAAAAACCACAUUACAGGACUUAACUGUGUGACCUCUGUGGAAAAUAUUACAAUGUUAUAUAUUCCCACUUAAAAAAAAAAAAAUUUAAGUAGAUAUUUUAUCUUAAUUAAUAUUUUAUUUUUGCCUUUGAAGGUGUAUAUCAUGAAAAAAAAUAUAUGUAGCGUAUAUUAAACUAGGCAUGUUUGAAUGUACAUCAAACUCUCAUAGUGUUCCAAGCAGGUAGACAUCCCAAUCCUUUAUACAUGGAACAGAGUGGCUAACAUUAUAGGGCAGAGGGUUAACAAAAACAUUGACAUAAUUUAAAUUAAAACUUUGAAUGCAUGAAGAAUGUCUGCUUGUUGAAGUACUUUGUAUGUAAAGGGAGCUUUCUAUUUGCGUCAUUUUAUGAAAUUAACAAUUUGAAUAGAAAUGAAUGUAAAAACACCUUCCUGGCUUCAGUCAGACAGCUGGAAGAUGUUUUUCUUGGUUGUUUAGCUCCAUUAAGCUAUACGAAAAGGCAAGCGAUUGUGCAGAGCACCAUCCUUUGAAAGAUUUUUCAUAGAGCUAUAAUACAGCUCAUGGAGAAGUCUGCAAUUGGAAAACUAAGUGCAUACAAAGCUGCUCUAUGGCUACUCUUUGAAAAGCCUCUAAUUGGUUGAAACAAAAGAGUCUGUGGGAGGGAAGAAGGGGAGGGCUUGCUGUUGCUUCAUAUAUUAGACCUGCAGCACUCGCAAGCCCAUAUAUCAUAUGCCCACAAAGAAAACAUGCAACAAGAAUUACAUGCAUUGUUUCUAGGGGGUACAUCUAUAAAACUGUUAAAAUAUUAUAGGACAUUAUUUUAAUUGAAUUACUAUGAUAAUUACAACAAAUAAUUGCAGCAAAAAACUUUCAGAUAACUUGUGAUUGGAUGACUCGAGGCAAGGUGUUACAGCAGUUAAAGAAAAUUAAUGUAAAUAAAGCUCCGGGGCCUGAUGGUAUUCACCCACGAGUACUGAAGGAGCCAAGUAGGGAAAUAAGUGAACCUCUGCAUUUAAUCUUUCAAGAUUCUUUUGUUUUGUUUCAAGUAUUGUAUUGGAGGAUUGGAGAAAGGAAGAUGUUGUUCCUAUAUUUAAAAAGGGUUCAAAAUCCUUGCCUGGAAAUUAUAUACCUGUGAGCUUAAUUUAUGUGACUGGGAAAAUAUUUGAAGGGCUAUUAAGGGAUAAUAUUCAGGAAUUCAUCGGGAAGAACUUUGUUAUUAGCAAUAAUCAGCAUGGUUUUAUGAAACAUAGGUCAUGUCAAACUAUUUCAAAUAUAUAGACUUGUUUGUGGAGUUAACCUGUAGUGAAAUUGAUAAAAUUAACUACAGAGACCUUAUGGUACAACCAAAUAGUAAUAUCUCUACACAAGAAAAUAUAUCCCUUAAACAUCUAAAAAAAAUUAGAAGAGGUGAUUUUUAAGCCCUCUGAUAAGGGGGGCAAUACGGUCAUCUUAGAUAAAGUAGACUAUGUUUCCAUGGUUCAUAGAUUGAUUAAGGAUGAAAAUACGUAUGAACUACUGAAGGGAGAUCCCACAAAAAAAUAUCUAGCAGAAUUGAAAAUGAUCUUAGAUAAUGCACUGUCUCUAUCGCUGAUAUCUAAGGAAGAAUAUAAUUUCAUUUUUGUCAAAAAAACAAUUACAGCCACUUUUUACGCACUUCCAAAAGUGCAUAAACAGCAACCAACACUUAAUGGGAGGCCGAUAGUAUCGGGCAGAGGAAAUCUGACCCAAAAUGCUAGUUUAUAUGUUGAUCAAAUCUUGAGGAAACUUGUCUUUGAGCUCCCCUCAUAUUUGAAAGAUACGAAACAUAUGUUAAACAUCAUUGGAAGCAUCAAACUUAAUGGGGAUGCCAUUUUAUGCAGUCUUGAUGUUGAAAGCCUGUAUAGCUCUAUACCUCAUGAUGUGGGAUUGCAACAUCUUAGAGCAAUCAUGGAUAGAACACCAGUGGUUUCGUUAAGACAUAAUGAAUUCAUUCAGGAUUUAAUGAGAUUCAUUUUAACGCAUAACCACUUUAUCUUUCAAGGCAAGUACUACCACCAGGUGAGAGGGACAGCUAUGGGGACGGCUUGUGCCCCCUCAUAUGCCAACCUCCACCUGGGAUGGUGGGAAAGCACUACUGUGUUUAAUGUCAAUAUGGAAAAAUACACAAGACACAUUAAGUUAUGGAAAAGAUACAUCGAUGAUGUAUUAAUUAUCUGGACGGAUACAGCUGAGCUCUUUCUAGAGUUUGUGGCAAUUCUCAAUCUCAAUAAUAUCAACCUGAGAUUGACCAGUGAAAUUGGGGGAAAUGAAAUUAAUUUCCUUGACAUUACUAUCUCUUUAACAGAUGAAGGAGAUCUUAUAUCUACACUCUUUCGUAAACCGACUGCAACGAAUAACCUUUUAAAUUGGACAAGUUAUCACCCUCCCUCACUAAAAAGAGGGAUUCCAAUUGGGCAAUACCUGCGUCUUAGAAGAAAUUGCUCAAAUAUUGAAGACUUUAAAAUUAAGGCUAGAGCUCUGCAACAUCAAUUCAAACAGAAGGGCUACCCGAAUAGGUGUUUAAAAUAUGCAUAUAAACGCGCACUAUGUGAAGAGCGGUGGGAACUGUUAAAGGACAAAAGCAUCCCUAAAUUAACACAAGAGAUAAUUAGGUGCAUAGGGAAUUUUGAUGCAGGUUGGAACCAGAUCAUGGAUAUUUUGGAUAGAUUUUGGCCCCUCCUACACCAAGAUAUACACCUAAAAAAAGUCAUUACCCCAAGAGCAUCAGUGACAGCUAGAAGGGGCCGCAAUAUCAAGGACAUUUUGGUCCCUAGUCAUCUAAAAAGUACACCUCAAAAAAAUACAUGGUUAAAAUCCACGGUUUUGGGUACUUAUCAAUGUGGCAAAUGCAAGGCGUGUAAAUUUAUACGCAGACCAUCAAAAAAGUUCCAAGACUCUUUAGGACAACAAGAAUUUCUAGUUAAGAAUUUCUUUAAUUGUCAAACCAUGGGAAUUGUGUACUUACUAUCAUGCUCCUGUAAGAAAUUAUAUGUGGGCAAGACUUCACGAAAAUUUAAACUGAGGAUUGGGGAACAUGUAAAUUCGGUGAAUCCGAAAAGAUUGGUCGACACUCCAGUUUCUAAACAUCUCAAACUACAUCAUGGAGGUUCAGCAGAGGGCAUCAGAUUUUGUGGCAUUGAAAAAGUUAUACUUGGACCAAGGGGAGGGGAUUUGGACAAAAGACUACUCCAAAGAGAGAGCUUUUGGAUCUAUAAAUUGAAAACGCUCUCUCCCCUUGGUCUGAAUGAGGGAUUUUCAUAUGCAUCUUUUAUAUAAGAUUUAAAUUGGUUAAUUCAGUUUUGGUCUGUAUGGACACAACUGGUAUCUCUCUAUACCACUGUAUAUUAUGUAUAUAAGUAUUAUUUGAUAGGCUGUAAUGAUUUAUACCUUGGUAGUGGCACUUGUAAUUGUUGUAAAUAGUAGAUGUAGCUGUGGGCUUAAUAUAGCCAUUACUUAGACUAGUAUAUAUAUAGGGUUUUAUGCAUUUUAAUUUCCACCUACAGACAGCCAUGAAGAUAUUAAUUAUGUUCUCCAGCUCUGUAACCCGAGGAAUUAGUAAUAAAGUUAAGGAUCUAGCCUUGGGUAACAUUAUUAGAUAUGAUUUGUAUGACCCCCUCUCUUCGGCAUUUUCAAUAUGAGAUCAAUAUAUUAAUGCAGAAUGAUCUGGACAUAUCUAUAGGUCUAUCUAUAUGUGAUAAUAUAAUAGGGUUCCCAGAUGGAUAAUGUGACAUAUUGUGGAUACUCCAAUAUAGACCGGCAGAUAAGAUGGAUAAUAGAGGUUUGUAUUUACAUCAUGUAAGCAUGCUACAUCUUGAACACGCCCACAUGAGGGAUAGACAGCUCUCGGACACCUAGGUUGCCAGGCACUGAUACGCCUACAUGAUUACAUGUAGGGGCGUACCCGGGAUCAAUGUGUUCGUCCUGGAAUAGGACGGAUGACGUGUUGGCUCCGCCCCUUUGACAUCAUGUGGGCGGUAGACGCAACACGGAAGUAUGAGUGGUAAUAUAAUAGGGUUCCCAUAUGGAUAAUGUGACAUAUGGUGGACACUCCAACAUAGACCGAUUGAUAGGACGGAUAAUAAAGGCUUGUAUUUACAUCAUGUAAGCAUGCUACAUCUUGAACACGCCCACACGAGUGAUAGACAGCUUUCGGACACCUAGGCUGUCAGGUAUCGACACGCCUACCUGAUGACAUGUAGGGGCGUACCCGGGAUCAAUGUGUCCGUCCUGGAAUAGGACGGAUGACGUGUUGGCCCCGCCCCUUUGAUAUCACGUGGGCAGUAGACGCAACACGGAAGUAUGAGUAGGUAAUCAUACACACGUGGGGAACAUAUCUUCUAUAUACAGAUUGGCUGAUGCGAGGAGGAACACCUGGGCACUUAAGGUAUUUAAGAGACACCAUUACGAAUAGUAAGUUGGCCCCUGACGAAGGUGCACUCUCUAAGCACCGAAACGCGCGUUGGGCGUUUUGCCAAUUUCUACACUGGGCACUGAAUGGCACUUUAGCACUAUGAAUUGCACUUAAUAUUUUUUUUUGCUCUACCUUCUAAUAUAUUCCUAUGCCUGUCUAGCUAGUUUACCAGGGAGAGAGGCUUUGAUAACUUAAUAAAUAUAUGGCAGUUUGUUUUUGACUGACCAUUAGUUUAUACCAACUUUUCUCUACUUCAUAUCUAUAUUUAAGAAUCUCUCUCUAUUAUUGACUAUUAUAGACCUCUUCCUGUAUAUUGUUUAAGGUCUGCUGUCUUUAUAAUAUUUUGGUUUACAUAUGGCUGGACUCAAUACAAAUUAAUUUUGCAAGGGCAUAUAUUAUUAGCAGCCAUUUACUCUUUGGUUGUUUACUAUAUAUAUAUAUAUGGAUAUAAGGCAUUUGUGGGGUUUUGCACUUUAGAAGAUAGUCACUGGCAAUUAGACAGAUAUAGGUAUACUUUCUCCUAUUUAGCAUAGGUAUUCAAUUAAAGCUGGUAUAUAGGAGUUUAGUCUCCUCUAUAUAUCUAUAUGAUAUAUUGCCAGGUCUUGAUUUUGGUGCAUUUCCCUUUUAGUGAGCAUAGGAAUAUUAGCAUUUAUGUUAUAUCUAUUCUAUAUUUUUUAUUAGAUGGGUUAGAUUGGAUAUAUUCCCUAGUUAAUAUUUUUGCACGCUACAUCGCUAUAUUAUAUUUCCAGGCAACGCAGUCAGCCUAGGAUUGGUUAGACAUCCUACGCUUGCCUGCAUUUGUUUUUUUUUUUGUGGCAUGUCAAACUAACCUAAUUGCAUUCUAAGAAGAAGUAAGUAGAAGUAUAGAUCACGGUAUUGCAGUGGAUGUGAUCUACUUGGAUUUUGCCAAGGAAUUUGAUACAGUUCCUCACAAUAGGUUAGUCUUCAAACUAAAAGAAAUUGGUCUAGAUAAAUAUUCUUGUUCUUAGAUAGAACAUUGGCUUAAGGACAGAGUACAAUGAGUUGUCAUUAAUGGUAAAUUUUCAGGUUGGACAAAAGUGGUAAGUGGUGUCCUUCAGGGUUCUGUUUUGGGACCGCUUAUAUUUAACAUAUUUAUUAAUGAUCUUGAAAUAGGCAUUAAAAGCCAUGUUUCAGUGUUUGCAGAUGACACAAAACUUUGUAAAGUAAUAAAAUGUGAGCAGUAUAUUGCUUUGCUGCAGAUGGAUUUGGAUAGAUUGGGGGACUGGGCACUAAAAUGGCAGAUACAAUUUAAUGUAGAGAAAUGCAAAGUUAUGCACUUGCCAUAAAGCUGACUUUUUGUGAAUUUGACUCAUAUCCUGUAAAAUAGUAAUAUAACUUUUGCAUUUUUUUAUAGAAACAAAAUGGUAUUUUAAACUUCCUUUGGACAUUUAAAAUUAUAGGCUACCUUUAACAUUUGACUGACUCCAAAGACACACAUUUCCGUUAGGAAAAAAAUAAGAGCCCAAAACUAUCCAUGUUUCUGUGCUUGUUCAUAUUUUAUGCUGGAAGACAUUAUUACAAUCCAUAAUAACUGCAAAAAAAUAAAUAUCAAAACCUAUUAGAAUUUUUUUUCUAGAUUUUUAGCUUGGGAGAAGUUCUGAACAACCUGGAAUUUUGAAUUUGACUUUGAUAAAUUUAACACAAACACAAAAUAUUAUCUGCUAAUCUGUUUGCAAAUUAAAAUUGAUAUUUGUAUUUCAUAUAAUUGGCUUGCAUCAAAUUCUUGAUGUAUUAAUAGUGCAUAAAUGUUUUUUUUUUUUUUUUUUUUGUAUCCUUAGAAGAAUUGUUAGUUAUAUUACUCUAUUUUCCAGACACUGCAGAAGUUCACUAAACCAAAAAUAUUGGUUAAUUUCAGAAGAGAAGUGCACAUUUAAAGCCAAAACAGCCUAACUUAGAAAAUAGUUGAGUUGGGGUUUUCUUUUUUUUAAUUUUCGACCUAUUUUAGCCCAAAGUUUAUAUUUCCCUUGGCAAUUCUUCACAAUUUUAGUACAAUGUCUACAACUACCCAAUUAGGUUAGAUAUUCGUGUUUAGAAGAGAAUUUAAGAUGUAUUAGGAUGACAGCACCACAGGCAUCUAAUCAGUAAAAGCAACUGAGAAAGCAAGAUAAAUUAAGAUGACUUAUUUCCAGGGGCGUUACUAGGAUGCAAAAACACCAGGGGCCCUAAUAUGUUCUUAUUAUUAUUAAUAUUAUUAUGACUCUAUUGUUGGCAUUUAUAAAGCUCCAACCUUUCUGUAGCGCUUUGCAAUAUUGUAAGGGGGGUGCGGAUGUAAAAAUAAACUAAACAAUACAUGCUCUAUAACUUCUAUUGUGACACCAAAUCUUUUGGUUAAAUUCAGAGAAUUUCAUGAACCUAUAUUUGUAAACUCCAAACCUACUAUAUUAACCUCAAGCCAUGUUAAAUUAGCCCUUCACCCACUGCAUUAAAACCCUACAUCCACAGCAAUACCCUCCACUGGGCUGUAUAGUUGACUCCAAAUAUCAUGCUUUAUUUUAUUUUUUUAAUUUUAAUUAAUAUAAUCUUGUUGAUGUAGGACUCAAUGUCGUUAGUUGAGCAGUAAACAAUCUAGGGGUUAUUUUAUGAAGUACCUUGGAAAUAGCUAUUUUGCAAAAGCCUAUGUUUAAAUGAAUGAUGAUCUAUGACAAUUUCUAUUUUUUUUCACGAUUCUUCAAAAAAAGUCCUUAUCUGCUAUGGUAAGGUAAUUAAGCACAGGUAAUCACUCAGACGCAUUGUCUCUUCUCAUUGAGUGAAAGUUAUUUUGCUCUUCAAUUUAAGUUUUUUUUUGCAAACCAACACAUUCAUUGUACAGGUGACUAAUGUAUUAGCUCCCAUUUGUGUGCAGAGCUAAAUGGUUAGUAAUGUGUUGAACAAACCACUGAUUUUAUGGCAGAUGGUGUGAUUAGCUAAAAAUAAUUACUAUCCUAUAAUCUCAAUAGUUAUACUCUCGAAAUUGUAUUUUUUUUAAUGUUUGAGGUCAGGAAUUUUAUUCUAAAAGAGAACAUUAGAGUUUUUUUUCACAUAAGAUAUAAUAAAAACAAUUAUUACAGUCUUCUUACAGAGAUAUUAAAAUAUAUAUUGGAGACAGUGACACUUCCUGCCAUUUUAUUGAUGUAAGCUGAAACUGCUGUGUCCGGGACUGUAACUCCUACUAAUCACAAGCAAUACCAGGGGCGUAUACGUAAGGAAUAAUUGAAGACGGGCCGAUGAAUUGUUAGAAAAAUAAUGCACACCCGAGGUGGUAAUGCAGUCACGGCGCGAAGCGGAGUGGCCAUUACACCUCGGGUGUGCAUUCUUUUUUUUCUAAUAAUUAAACGGCAUGGAGUCAAUUAUUCCGCAUAUACUACAGUUACCACACCUCGAAACAUUGUUCAGAUGAUGCAUUUCAAGUUUUUGUCAUUAAAACACUCUUGUAUGUAGGACUAAUUUCUUACGCAACUGUAAUGCGAUCAAGACCUGUCUGGAACUACUUUAGCCGUGCAUCUCCCUGAAAAUAAUGCACACCUUAGAACGUUCGUCAACCAAUCAGAUUGAAACGUUCAACUACCCUGUAGUAUAAUUAACAUUAACACUAUACUUAACAUUAACUACUAUGCCGACAUUAACCCCUUAAGGACACAUGACAUGUGUGACAUGUCAUGAUUCCCUUUUAUUCCAGAAGUUUGGUCCUUAAGGGGUUAAACAUACACUUCAAAUUAAUGGCAAUAGUAAUUGUGCCUUCAUUGGUUUCAGUUUUGUAAAGUUUGUAGCAGAAAAAAACAUAUGCUCUGUCAUAAAAUACUCACCCACACUCUUACAGUUUCAGUUUCAUAUACUAAAUUGAACUUGGGAUGUGGUAAUUACAAUUAUUUAUAUAGUGUCAACUUAUUCCACAGUGCUGUACAAUAGGAAACAAGGCAAAUAUUUAAUUCCAACAAAGCAUGCAUGACAUAUGGGAACAGAAGGGGAAGACGGCUUUCCUGCCCAUAUUAGAUCACAAUCUAAAGAGAUGAGCGACACAUGCACAAAGGGAAAGUAAGGGAAUCAAGUGACUUAAAUGUACCUAGGUAUGGGAUGGGUGUUUGGGAGGAGGGAGAACAGACGAAAGUUGAAGGGAUUAGGUGGCAGAUGAAAGUUGAAGGGAUUAGGACUAAAGGGGAAAACUGAUAGGUCUCUCGAAACAAAGUGUGUUUUUAGGUAUUUUUGAAGGAGUGCAGAGACGAGGAGAGUCAGAUGUCCCAUGGAAGGGCAUUCCAUAAAGAGCAGGGAGCCCUGGAGAAUCUGGGAUGUGGGUGAGAGAAUGGAACAAUAAUAAGCAAUCAGCUGAGCGAAGAGGCUAAAAUGGAGCAUGUCUGCUAAUGAGUGAGGAGAUGUAAGCAGGGUAGCAGUAAUGGAGAGCUUUGUAAGUAAGCAUUAGAACUUUGAAUGAAAUUCUAAAUUAAACAGACUGAGACUGACGUAGGGGUGAGGUGUAAGCAUUCUUGGACGUAAGGUAGAUGAGCGUUGCAGAGACGUUCAUUAUGGACUGCGGUAAGUCAAUAAAAAAAAUGACAAAAUCUGGGUGAAAAGUGGAAAAAAGUCUCCAAUUUACAGGCUUAUUUACUGUAGGGUAUCCAUGGAAAUUCUACAUGAAUUUUAUAUUUUAGAUCAAAAUAGCUGAACUAAAAACAUAGCUAACUGAUUUUGUGUUUUAAAUAUGACUUUCACUUUGGAUUUCCUACGAUUUAGUAAAUAACCCUAUAUGCUUUGAUGCAAGUCUACAUUUUGCACAUUAUGUUGUCAAUUGCUUAUAAUUCAUUGUUUACUAAAUAAACCCAUUUACAUGAAUGUGAUGGAAACUCCCCCUAAAACUUGCAAAUUGCUUCUUGCUCAUGGUGCAUACUAUUUUUCUUAGCCAUCGAUUGAAGUUCAACAUAUAUCUCUGGAUUUAUCAAAGACAAAAGAUGCAAUUGGAAGAAACACACGUUUUAUUUUGCACCUGGGACAACUCAAUCAUCGGACGUCCGUAUCUACAUAGAUUUGACUGAGAAUAAAAACCUUUGGGUUUCUGUUGGAGAAUAUGCAGUCUGCAUUCUAACAUGCAGAACAGAAGUUUAAUAGGUGUUACAGAAGGUUAUUCUUUCUUUUACUACGGGGGGUGGCAUGCUGCCUGCGAUAAUGCACAAAUAUUUUUUAUUGAUUUGACAAGAAGAUCUUCCUCGGAUUGCUAAGAUUGCUCCUGUCUCUAGAGUGACAUUAAACCCAAGCACUGUACAUGCUCACACAUAAGUUGCCAUUAGCAGUUUUUCUUAGUGAAUUCCCCAGCGUGUUUCAUAUCAUGUCAGGAAUACGAGAGGUGAUGCUGUUUGCCGCAUGUUUGUGAACAAGAAGCAGACAAGUAUGUCAGGUCGUAAAGUAACAACCAUGCUAAAAAGGGAUGGAGUGAACUGCUCGAAAUAAAUUCUCUUUACUGAUGGCCACUAGGAUGUUGUUUUCAAUAUUUAUAGAGGUACCCCUUUCCUGCAGCCUAAUAAAUUAUGUUCUAUGCUUAGAACAGAUAAACCAAGGUAAAAAGCUUUAUUUAAGAAAAAGCAUAUACUGUAAUGUAUUGACCCCCAUAGGCUUAAUUUUUCUUAACAUUUUAAUGUUAGUGCUGGCCAAUGUGGCCAUGCAAGUGCUAGCCAGCUGCCACAUGAUUAACCCUUAAAGCACACUGAAUUUAGUAAAUUUUAUGGCUUUCCAAAAUAAAUUUGUCCGUAUCGACAUAUCUCCAAAUUUUGGAGGUGUAGAACAAAAUUGUUUGAAGAACCAACAUUUUACACCCUGGACAAGUCUAACUCCACAGAUUGUAUGAGUUAUGAGAAAUGCUCACAGAAUAAAACUUAAUUCAGAGCAAAACAGAUGCAUCUCUAUUCACCAGACAUAUAAACGGUAAAUGGGCUUAUCUACAAGUUUAUGUAGGUGACGUUUUGUUGUGCAGUGAGGGACAACAAGACUGUAG